AUGUCUCGCGAGCGGCCCCCCCGCACCGACAUCCCCCGCAACCUAAGCUUCAUCGCCGCGCUGACAGAGCGAGCCUACUACCGCAGCCAGCGGCCCAGCCUAGAGGAGGAGCCGGAGGAGGAGCCAGGAGAGGGCCCCGACACCCGCAAGAGAGUGCGUUUCGCUGACGCGUUGGGGCUCGAGCUGGCCGUGGUGCGCCGCUUCCGCCCCGGAGAGCUGCCCCGGGUACCCCGCCACGUGCAGGUCCAGCUGCAGAGGGACGCCCUCCGCCACUUCGCUCCGUGUCAGCCCCGCGCCCGCGGCCUCCAGGAGGCGCGCGCCGCCCUGGAGCCGGCCAGCGAGCCCGGCUUCGCCGCCCGUUUGCAAGCGCAGCGCAUCUGCCUGGAGCGCUUCGCCUUCCGUCUGCCCGCGCCGCCCAUUGGGGGCGCCCUGCUUUUCGCCUUGCGCUACCGCGUGACGGGCCACGAGUUCUGGGACAACAACGACGGCCGGGACUACGCUCUACGCGGGCCCGAGCACCCUGGCAGUAGCGGGACCCCGGAGCCGCAGGGCUGGAUCCACUUUAUCUGAGA